AUGGUUGCGGACACAGCCUAUUACGAUACACUGGGCGUGAAGCCCACCGCCACUGAGCUGGAAAUCAAGAAGGCAUAUCGGAAACUGGCCAUCGUUCACCACCCAGACAAGAACCACAAUGAUCCUACCGCCCACGAGAAGUUCCAGGAAAUUGGCGAGGCCUACCAGGUACUCUCCGAUGGCGACCUCCGUGCCGCUUACGACAAGUUCGGAAAGGACCACGCCAAGCCGUCCGAGGGCUUUGUCGAUCCGGCCGAGUUCUUCACCUCCAUCUUCGGUGGUGAUGCCUUCGUCGACUGGAUUGGCGAGAUUAGUCUCAUGAAGGACCUCACAGCUACGAUGGAGAUUACCACGCAAGAGAUGGAGGAGGAACAAGCAAGGGAGAAAGAAGCUGCUGCCGCCGCCGCCGCCGCUGCUGCUGGUGCCGGCGAGGCUGGCGAGGCUGGCCCCAGCACGACAGCUCCGGGCCAACGUGCAGAUGACGCCGAAUUCCCCGGGACGGAAGAGGCCAUAAAGGAGAGUAUGAAGGACGCCCCUUCAGCCGCUCCACCUCCCCCCGCCGUUGUCGUCGAGGAAGACAAGUCCUCGCCAGCUCCCCCGACCGAUCCGAACGCCCGCACGCUACCACCCCGCACUCCUUCCCCAAGCCCCUCCGCCAGCUCGGCCUCCCGCCGCACCCAGAUCCCUAUCCGGCCAGCUCUCAUGGACCGCCCCUCGGACGAAGCCGUGGCCGCCGGCGGCCCCGAGACGGAAGAAUCCCUCCGCCGCAAGGAGCGCAAGAAGGCCGGCCUGUCCCAGGAGCAGCGCGAGCAGCUGGCGGCGCUGGAGAAGGAGCGGGCGCGCGUGCGGCAGGAGCGCGUCGACACGCUGGCGCGCAAGCUGGUCGACCGCGUCAGCGUGUGGACCGAGACGGAGCGGGGCGAGGCGGUGACCAAGUCGUUCCAGGAGAAGAUGCGGCUGCACGUGGAGAACAUGAAGAUGGAGAGUUUCGGCCUCGACAUCCUGCACGCCAUCGGCCAGACGUACGUCUCCAAGGCCACGGCGCUGCUGCGGUCGCAGAAGUUCCUCGGCCUCGGCGGCUUCUUCUCCCGCGUCCGCGACAAGGGCACCCUCGUCAAGGAGACGUGGGGCACCAUCAGCAGCGCCAUCGACGCGCAGCAGACCAUCGAGGAGAUGGCGCGCAUGGAGGAGCAGGGCGGCGACGAGUGGUCCGACGAGCGCAAGGCCGAGUUCGAGAGGCGCGUUACCGGCAAGAUCCUCAACGCCGCGUGGCGGGGGAGCAAGUUUGAGAUUCAGAGCGUCCUCCGGGAGGUGUGCGACCAGGUGCUGUACGAUAAGAAGGUGCCCCUGAGCAAGCGGCUCCAGAGGGCUGAGGCUCUUCUCAUUAUUGGUGAAACUUUCCUCAAGGCCCAACGAUCCCCCGAGGAGGAAGGAGACUACCUCGUCUUCGAGCAGCUCGUUGCCGAGGCCGCGAUUAAGAAGGAGAAGGACACCAAGAAACGCAACAAGAAGAGCCCGUUCGGUUCUUCUCACCACGACAUGGCCGCCGAAACAGCGGCCAAUGCGCCCAACGUGCCUCCCAAGGCGUAG